AUGAAUCCCUAUGUGUGUGAUCAAUGUAAUAAGGCAUUUCGUCAUUCUGAUCAUCUCAGAAGACAUAAACGAGCCCAUACACGUGAGAAGCCCUUUGUAUGUGAUCAAUGUGGUAAGGCCUUUAAUAGAUAUAGGGAUCUCACUAGGCAUAAACUAAUCCAUACAAGUGAUAAGCCCUAUGUAUGUGAUCAAUGCGGUAAGGCAUGUAAUAGAUUUGACAAUCUCAAAUUUAAUAAACGGGUCCAUACAGGUGAGAAGCCGUAUGUUUGUGAUCAAUGUGGUAAGGCAUUUCGUCAAUCUAGUGAUCUAACAAGACAUAAACAAAUCCACACAGAUGCGAAUCCCUAUGUAUGUGAUCAAUGUGGUAAGGCAUUUAGUCGAACUUGUCAUCUAGUGACACAUAAACAAAUCCAUACAGGGGAGAAGCCCUUGGUAUGUGAUCAGUGUGGUAAGGCAUUCAAUCAAUCAAGUGCUCUCAGAAGACAUAAACGAGUCCAUACAGAUGAGAAGACCUAUGUAUGUGAUCAGUGUGGUAAGGGAUUUUAUAAUCCUAAUAGUCUCAAGACACAUAAACAAAUCCAUACAGAUGUGAAUCCCUAUGUGUGUGAUCAAUGUGGUAAGGCAUUUAGUCGAUCUUGUCAUCUAGUGACACAUAAACAAAUCCACACAGGUGAGAAGCCGUAUGUUUGUGAUCAGUGUGGUAAGGCAUUCAAUCAAUCAAGUGCUCUCAGAAGACAUAAACGAGUCCAUACAGAUGAGAAGCCCUAUGUAUGUGAUCAGUGUGGUAAGGGAUUUUAUCAACCUUAUAGUCUUACAACACGUAAACGAAUCCAUACAGUUGCAAAUCCCUAUGUGUGUGAUCAAUGUGGUAAGGCAUUUAGUCGAUCUGAUCAUCUUGUAAGACAAACAAUUCCAUGCAGGAGAGAAGCCCUAUGUAUGUGAUCAGUGUGGUAAGGGAUUUUAUCAAACUUAUAGUCUCACAACACAUAAACGAAUCCAUACAGAUAUGAAUCCCUAUGUGUGUGAUCAAUGUAAUAAGGCAUUUCAUCAAUCUGAUCAUCUCAGAAGACAUAAACGAGCCCAUACACGUGAGAAGCCCUUUGUAUGUGAUCAAUGUGGUAAGGCCUUUAAUAGAUAUAGGGAUCUCACUAGGCAUAAACUAAUCCAUACAAGUGAUAAGCCCUACAUGUAUGUAUGUGAUCAAUGCGGUAAGGCAUGUAAUAGAUUUGACAAUCUCAAAUUUCAUAAACGGGUCCAUACAGGUGAGAAGCCGUAUGUUUGUGAUCAAUGUGGUAAGGCAUUUUAUCAACCUUAUAUUCUCACAACACAAACAAAUCCAUACAGAUGUGAAUCCCUAUGUGUGUGAUCAAUGUGAUAAGGCAUUUCAUCAAUCUAGUGAUCUAAUAAGACAUUAACGAAUCCACACAGGUGAGAAGCCGUAUGUUUGUGAUCAAUGUAGUAAGGCAUUUCGUCAAUCUAGUGAUCUAACAAGACAUAAACAAAUCCACACAGAUGAGAAGCCCUAUGUAUGUGAUCAGUGUGGUAAGGGAUUUUAUCAUCCUAAUAGUCUCACGACAUAUAAACGAAUUCAUAGAGAUGUAAAUCCCAAUGUUUGUGAUCAAUGUGGUAAGGCAUUUAGUCGAUCUUGUCAUCUAGUAAGACAUAAACAAAUCCACAGGUGAGAAGCCCUAUGUAUGUGAUCAAUGUGGUAAGGGAUUUUAUCAACCUUAUAGUCUUACAACACAUAAACGAAUCCAUACAGAUGUGAAUCCCUAUGUGUCUGAUCAAUGUAAUAAGGCAUUUUGUCAAUCUAGUGAUCUAACAAGACAUAAACAAAUCCACACAGGUGAGGAGCCGUAUGUUUGUGAUCAAUGUGGUAAGGGAUUUUAUCAACCUUAUAGUCUCACAACACAAACAAAUCCAUACAGAUGUGAAUCCCUAUGUGUGUGAUCAAUGUGGUAAGGCAUUUAGUCGAUCUGAUCAUCUAGUGACACAUAAACAAAUCCAUACAGGGGAGAAGCCCUAUGUAUGUGAUCAGUGUGGUAAGGCAUUCAAUCAAUCAAGUGCACUCAGAAGACAUAAACGAAUCCAUACAGUUGCAAAUCCCUAUGUGUGUGAUCAAUGUGGUAAGGCAUUUGGUCGAUCUGAUCAUCUUGUAAGACAAACAAUUCCAUGCAGGUGAGAAGCCCUAUGUAUGUGAUCAGUGUGGUAAGGGAUUUUAUCAAACUUAUAGUCUCACAACACAUAAACGAAUCCAUACAGAUAUGAAUCCCUAUAUGUGUGUGAUCAAUGUAAUAAAGCAUUUCGUCAUUCUGAUCAUCUCAGAAGACAUAAACGAGCCCAUACACGUGAGAAGCCCUUUGUAUGUGAUCAAUGUGGUAAGGCCUUUAAUAGAUAUAGGGAUCUCAUUAGGCAUAAACUAAUCCAUACAAGUGAUAAGCCCUAUGUAUGUGAUCAAUGCGGUAAGGCAUGUAAUAGAUUUGACAAUCUCAAAUUUCAUAAACGGGUCCAUACAGGUGAGAAGCCGUAUGUUUGUGAUCAAUGUGGUAAGGCAUUUCGUCAAUCUAGUGCUCCAACAAGACAUAAACAAAUCCACACAGAUGAGAAGCCCUAUGUAUGUGAUUAGUGUGGUAAGGGAUUUUAUCACCCUAAUAGUCUCACGACACAUAAACGAAUUCAUACAGAUGUGAAUCCCAAUGUUUGUGAUCAAUGUGGUAAGGCAUUUAGUCGAUCUUGUCAUCUAGUAAGACAUAAACGAAUCCAUACAGGGGAGAAGCCCUACAUUGUAUGUAUGUGAUCAAUGUGGUAAGGCAUUUAGUCAAUCUUAUGAUCUUGCAAGACAAAACGAACCCAUCGAGGUGGGAAACCCUAUGUGUGUGAUCAAUGUGGUAAGGCAUUUAGUCAAUCUAGUGAUCUAACAAGACAUAAACGAAUCCAUUCAAGGGGAGAAACCCAUAAUAAAAAUAUAGAGUAUUUCUAAAGCACCAAAUCCACAUUGAUUAAGGGCCAAGGCUCUAUAUGUACGAUCAAUGUGGUAAGGCAUUUAAUCGACCCCACUUUCUCACCAAACAAAUCACACAGGUUAGAGUUAAGAAUUUCUAUAUGUGGUUGAGGCUAUUUUAUGAAAACUCUGUAAUAAUUAUAAUAUAGCGCAUAUAUCUGUCAAUAACAUUCAAGGCCCACAAUUAACAACUUAUGCAAUACACAAAAUGAAAUCAAUGAAUACACAGAAAUUGAACAAAUUGACAAUAAAACAAAUAUGCAAUAUUUUGAAGUUGGCAGUCAAAAUAACAAGUAAUCCCACAACAAUUAAGCAAAUUCUUGCUUCAUGUGGUGAGUCUUUAAUUUGUUGUAGAAGAGCUCUUUCAAAUGGCAACAUUAAUGUCCGAUGGGGGUGAAUUCCACAAACGGGGACCUGCAACAGAUAAAGUAUAUGUAUAUGAUCAAUGUGGGAAGGGAAUUUUUAAAUCUAGUGACCCCAAAAGACAAACAAAUGUAUACAAGGGGAGAUCAAUGUAAGGGAUGCUCCGGGCUUAACAAAUUCAUAUCUGAAUGAAUAGAGUAAAAUUCACAAAGCAUAAUGCUGAAAAGUUCAUCAAAAUCGAAUGACAGUGAAGUGAAAUUGGGUGUAAAAUAGGCAAAUAAUGUUUUUCAUGAAUAAAUUUGAAUAUUUUAUUCAUAAUAAAUAAUUUUCAAAAAAAGUUAUACUGUCUUGUAGUUUAUGUGGUAAAGAAUGUACGUGCCGAGUUUCGGCGCGAGCGGCGGCUGAGAUCAGAAGAUGGGGGCAUCAUGGCCCUCCCCCCCCCCCCCCUCGUCCUCAAUACAUCUCAAAUAGCCCAGUCCUUUUAGGGUUAAUCGACCCCAACGUCUCACAAAACGUUAACAAAUCCACACAGGUUAGCGUUGAGAAGGCAAUUUUCUUGCAAUCAAUGACCCAGUGUAUUUUGGAACCAGAUGUGAAUAACAUAUGUUGCGUUUGCUGAGCUGAAAGGGGGCUAUGAUAGUAUGUGUAGGGUGUAGAAUUUGUGGCGCACAUGGGGUGGGGGUGAUGGUUUUGAACAUGUCCAAAUCUUUUAUGCGUGGAUAUCUUAUCAAUCAUAAAAGAUGUCAAUGGAUACACAGGCUUUUUGGUUUUGUUUUGUGUUGAAAUUGUGCUUAUUUCAUGGAUUGUAUUGUGGUUGACAAUGGGCGUUUUUUAGAGAGAGGUAGUGGUUUGAAGUUAUGUUAGGAUGCUGAGGAUAAGAUCAGGUUUCACUGCCGAUGUUAAUCAUUAAUUAAAGAGCAGAGAACGUUUGGCUGGAAAAAGGACAGUUGUUGAUAAAAAAAUUUGGGUGGUGAGAGGAUGCAUUGCCCAUACAGGGAAUAUAUCCUCUCACCUUGUGUUUUUUUAGAUUGGAAGUGAAUGUUGGGGUAGUUAGUGUACUCACUUUAGUUGGAGAUGUUUAUGUGUGGAUGUGUCCGAAGUCCUACCCUGCCUGCUAAGUGCUAAGUUAGUGGUGGGCGAGGAUCGGCCGAGGCAGGUGCGCGCGCCUGCCCAAUCGCCUAGCCCUAGCUUAAACAAAUUCCAAUCUUAUCAACUAGAAACUUUCACUACAGGAUAAUUUUUGACCGCUUUUUCUGGUAGUGAUAUUAGAUUUUCACGAUAUUAAGUACUUUCUGAGAUAUACGACCGUCCACGAAAUAUGGUCACGCGCGAAGUAAGGUCACACGACCAUACUUUUCACUUACCCAUCACCCUGAAUAAUACGGCGAACAAUUUCAAUGAUGACCCACAUACAGUAUGCGAUAUGCAGUGUGCACAUAAUUAUGUGAUGCACUAAAUAUAGCUGCGUUUUCUUUUCCGAAUAUUUCCGAAUAAAAAACGUGUACGAUGAUCAAAACGAACAAGAUAAUUCUCAAAUCGGAAAGUACCCGAGAGCAACAAAACCUCUGUACCCGGGGGACGUUGUUUACACUAUGAGAAAACCUACUUAAAACAACAACGCCUGAGUAUUCAUUGAAAAUAAAGAAUAAUAAAUUAGUUGCUAUUGAUACACAUUCUUUUGUACGCACAUAUAUCGCCCGACGAUGAAACUUAAACCGGCUUUACGAGUUUUCUUGGACAAUCAUGUUGUGCAUCUUUGAAAGGAAGUGGCUCCCCCCGAACGUAUUAUGGUACAGGGGUCAAAAAAACGUCAUCAAUCACGUGACAUAGAAUAAAAAACUGUAUUUUCUUUGUAAUCAGUUUCAACUUUUUUAAUUUCAAGUCAGUGAUAUGUAAGUUAAACCAUUAAGUGUUGUAUCCAUGUAUUUCCCCAAAAAAAUGAAAAAAUGCCAACAUAAAAAACGAGCGUUAUUUAGUUACGACAAAGAUUCUGUUAACGAAAGUUAAUGAAAUGUUCCGAAAAAGCUUAAGAUGUGAAGAGCGCUGCACACGGCGUUCCAGGAACAAGGCAUCUAGUCCAAACAGGUGAGAAGCCACCUUUUUGUGAUCGAUGUUGUAAAUAAGCGCAUGAAAUCUGCCCUAAAUUACUUUUUUAUGUAUGUUUUUGCCUUUAACUCAAUUUAUAUACACAAGCAGCAAUUACCCGUGGCAGCACAGGGGGUAGGAGUCAUUUUUCUUUAUCAAGGUGUGGGGGCGACAUUCUUGUAUGUACAGCUAGACUGCCUAUUGACACUGAAAGCCAAUCAGUUUAUUGAUGAAAUAUAUUAAACUGAUUCAUAGCAGACUUCUCUUUCAAUAUAGAUAGGUUCAAUUAAGUUAAGCAUCUUCGGUUGAACUGGAGGAAGAACUUCAAUAAUUAUUACAGAGUGAAAUCCAAAUUUAACUAUACAAUGGAAACAUGUAUUAGAAUACGGUGUACUCAGUAAGCAGUCGAUCAAGAGGCAAUUAUAUUGAUAUAGAAAUGUUAUCAUUACAUGUAUUUGGUCAGAAAUAAAUAUGUAAGUACAUUGCACAUGUACCUUACAAAGUACAUUA